AUAAUUGGUGCCUUUCUUGAUAAGUUGAUAUACAACCGUGGAUCCUUGGACUUCGAUUUAGUUAGUGACUCCGUAGGUAUCAGAUAACCAAAAAAAGAGGAAUCACGUGAACUACUGGUUAUAUUUCCCCUGGAUUUCGACAAAGCUUUUUAGGAAAUUUCGUACUUUUUUUCAUGGAGAAAUUUCGAAGACACCAAUGAAGUUCUCGCAUAAAAUAAUAAAAAAACCCUAAGCAUGCUCGAUUUUCAUUUUUUUGCCAUGAACAACUGCUAGUCAAGCACAAAACAAGGAUUUCCUAAUUCUCCACACUCGACAACCAUUAUUUUCACAGCUUCAAGAACUCUCAACUUCCCCCCACCCCAACCCAAAAGAAGUGAAUACAACCAUAACCUUCACAGCUUCAAGAACUUUUCAACUUCAAGGAAAUUUCUAAACAGUAAUUCUUUUUUAAGCUGGUGAGGUGUCCCGGCCCUCCUGUUUCCUGAAAAAAAAGCACGACUGAACUAGAUGUUAUUAGGUCCGCACAUGAAUUGCAUACGAAAUGUUUUCCUGACUGGGGCUAAAUUGCUAGUUUAGCCAUGGGGCAGACGCAUCUUUUGUUGCUCGCUUGUUUCUGGGUCCUGUCAACAUGCUCCUUGCUACUUGAUGCUUCCUCCGAUGGACUGUUAAGAAUCAACCUGAACAAGAAGAGACUGGACAAGGAAGCUUUGACUGCUGCGAAAUUGGCGAAGAAGGAGAGCAACCUUCGAAGGUCUGUGGGUGCUGACCAGUAUCUCAGUGCCUCAACUGAUGACAUAGUCCCUUUGGACAACUACCUGGACACCCAGUACUUUGGACAGAUCAGCAUCGGCACGCCACCACAGAACUUCACAGUGAUAUUCGACACUGGAAGCUCCAACUUGUGGGUUCCCUCAUCCAAGUGCUACUUUUCGAUAGCAUGCUACUUACACCACAGAUACAAGUCAACCAAGUCGAAGACUUACACAAAGAAUGGAGAAUCUUGUACGAUAACAUAUGGUUCUGGGCAAAUCGCUGGCUUCUUCAGUGAGGACAAUGUGUUGGUUGGCAACCUUGUUGUGCAAAAUCAGAAAUUUAUUGAGACAACUCGAGAAACCAGCCCUACUUUCAUCAUUGGGAAGUUUGAUGGAAUUCUUGGUCUCGGAUUUCCUGAAAUUUCUGUAGGAGGAGCCCCUCCAAUUUGGCAGAGCAUGAAACAGCAGAAACUGGUCGCAAAGGAUGUCUUCUCUUUCUGGCUUAAUCGUGACCCUGAUGCAUCUUCUGGAGGAGGCGAGCUUGUCUUUGGUGGUGUUGACCCAAAACACUACAAAGGGGACCAUACAUAUGUUCCCGUUACACGCAAAGGCUACUGGCAGUUUGACAUGGGAGAUCUUAUUAUUGGUGGCCACUCAACUGGUUUCUGUGCUGGUGGCUGUGCUGCUAUUGUGGACUCAGGGACUUCAUUGCUUGCUGGUCCAACUACCAUAGUGGCUCAAGUCAAUCAUGCAAUUGGGGCUGAGGGAAUCAUCAGUACAGAAUGCAAAGAAGUGGUGAGCGAGUAUGGAGAGAUGAUCCUUGAGUUGCUCAUAUCGCAGACAAGCCCACAGAAAGUGUGCACUCAGAUUGGUCUCUGUGUAUUUGAUGGUGCCCAUUCUGUCAGCAAUCCAAUUGAAUCUGUUGUUGAGAAACAGAAGCGUGGUUCUGAUCUUUUCUGUACUGCUUGUGAGAUGGCUGUUGUCUGGAUACAGAAUCAGCUCCGUGAAAACAAGACAAAAGAACUCAUUUUGAAUUAUGCUAAUCAGCUCUGUGAGCGUCUCCCUAGCCCCAAUGGCGAGUCAACUGUUGAUUGCCAUCAGAUCUCAAAGAUGCCAAAUCUUGCAUUCACCAUAGCAAACAAGACUUUCACCUUAACACCAGAGCAGUACAUAGUGAAGCUGGAGCAAGCAGGACAAACUAUCUGCAUCAGUGGGUUUAUGGCAUUUGACGUACCGCCUCCUCGUGGUCCUCUCUGGAUACUUGGUGAUGUUUUUAUGGGUGCCUACCACACUGUUUUUGACUUCGGUGAGAACAGGAUUGGGUUUGCCAAAUCUGCAUGAGGACUGGAGUUCUGCGCUUUAGUAGCAUGUCCAGUUUGUUAUCCGGGUAUUGUACAUAUAUAUGUUGCCAACUGGUGUAAUCCGCAGUGUUUAAUAGUAUAUAUUCAUGCAGAAAUCUAGAAGAUUGUGGCAUGAUAUGUGUUUGCAAAUGGAGCUAUGCUAUGUAUGGAGCUCCAGGACCUAGAGUUUUAUGUAAAGGGAGACGAUGAGGAUUAGGGCUUUUAACCUAUUCUCAUCACGUUAUUGUCC